UGUGUGUGGAUGGCAAAGACCACAUUUUCAUUAGUCAAAUAAAAAUGGCCAUACUGUAUAAACCUCGCUGUGCCGAAGAUGUGAAUUUCGUGUUGCCCCUUAAAGUUCGUACUUUCUUAAUGAUAAAUGGCUGUUGGCCAAUGGAGGAUAAUGCCAAUAAUACAAAUGGCAUGUGGAACAGGCUUCUAAAGUUCUUGUAUCAGCUUUGGUUUAUUUUCGGGGUCGUGUGUUUGUUUUACAUCGUCUGUGUCGGUUGGGUGUAUAUAGUGGCAAAUUUUUCCGAUGUUAAGAAAGUUGUGGAAGCCAUCAGCACAUCGACCAUUGGUAUAAACGUGCUUAUACGGAUGAUAUAUCUACGUUGCAGAUUUUCAAAAUUCAAACAUGUUUUAGAAAAAUUUACCAAUAAAAUUUGGAUAAAUAAAGUAACACAUCCGCUAAUUUUUAAACGCUGCAUCAAGCGGACAGUACCAACAUUUUAUCUGUCAAUAACAUUGUGGAUGGUAUUGUUCAUCUACUGUGCUCUACCCAUUUUCGUGUUGAUAACAACAGAUCAAACCAUCCAUUCAAAUGAUAAAACCUUUCCAUAUCCCAUGAUAUUUCCAUAUGAUCCACAAAAACCAAUAAAUUACAUACUCACAUACAUGACAUCGAUAUAUACUGGAGCGAUCACAGUGACCCUAUUUUAUGCCACUGAUGCCAUAUUAGCGAUUUUCAUUAGCUUCCUAUGUGGACAAUUUGAAAUAUUACAUGGAAAUAUUGCACGUCUAAUACCUGAGUGUCAUGCUGAAUUUUUAGCCAACUAUCGAGGAGAAUCUACAGGAUCAAAGAAGAAUGAUUUUAUUUUUUUACAUAACCUAUAUGUUAAACGAUUACAUGAAUUGGCCACAGCUCAUGAUGAACUUAUCAGAUUUUCUAUGGAUUUAGAAAAGUUGUUUUCAUUUCAACUUAUGGUGAAUGUGGUGACCUCAACAUUUCAAAUAUGCACCAAUUUGUUUCAGUUUAUCGUGUCGACGGAUACAGCAAAUUAUUUAUUCUCUUGUAAUUGGGAGGGUGGGAUAUUAUCGCAACACUCACCGUUGCUACGGCAAGUGGAUUAUAUCACUUUAGAUUCAUUGAAUACGAAGUUACCGGCAUGGAGAACCUUGCAAUAUUAUCCAACAAAUCGGGACUUUAGAAUGAAAUUAAAAUUAAUGAUUAUGCGUAGCCAACGUCCUGCACAUUUGACUGCCAUGAAGUUUACGGUGUCCUCAUUGGAAAGUUUUACCAGGAUUCUAUCUACUUCAAUGUCAUACUUUACCCUUUUGAACUCCUUUUUGGAUUAA